AACUGUUGGAGCUUUCGAGUGUAAUCGGAGCGGAGCCGCUGCGCUCGGCUCGCGGGGUCCCUGUGCUGCAGGCUGCAUCCAGCCCUGCUGCGAGCUAAGCGCCCGGAGCCCCCUCCUGCCCGCCGCUCUGCCCCCCUCCUCGCCCCCCCCGCCCCCCUCAGUGCUCCCCGCUGCCGGCUGUGUGCCGUUUCUGUUCUUCAUUUCUGGGAAGCCAUGGACAAGAAGCAAGAUUCCAAGGGAUCCCUGGAGCCGCACAAACCAGUGAAGGGCAAGAAGAAGCUGAGGAUAACAUGUCCUCCCAUCAAGCAGCCCCCUGUCAACACCACGCCGCCAAGGAACCUGGACUCCAGAACCUUCAUCACCAUUGGAGACAAAAACUUCGAGGUGGAAGCUGAUGACCUGGUGACUAUUUCAGAGCUGGGCCGGGGGGCCUAUGGUGUGGUGGAGAAAGUGAGGCAUGCUCAGAGUGGCACCAUCAUGGCCGUGAAGAGGAUUCGUGCCACGGUGAACACUCAGGAGCAGAAGAGGCUGUUGAUGGACCUGGAUAUCUCCAUGAGGACGGUUGACUGCUUCUACACGGUCACUUUCUAUGGAGCCCUAUUCCGAGAGGGCGAUGUUUGGAUCUGCAUGGAGCUCAUGGACACUUCCCUGGAUAAGUUCUACAAGAAAGUACUGGAGAAGAAGAAAACCAUCCCGGAAGACAUCUUAGGGAAAAUGGCUGUGUCUAUUGUACGAGCUCUGGAGCAUCUGCACAGUAAACUGUCUGUAAUCCACAGAGAUGUGAAGCCUUCCAACGUGCUCAUCAACAAGGAGGGACAUGUGAAAAUGUGUGACUUUGGGAUCAGUGGCUACUUGGUGGACUCGGUGGCGAAGACGAUGGAUGCUGGCUGCAAACCAUACAUGGCUCCAGAAAGAAUAAAUCCUGAGCUGAACCAGAAGGGCUACAACGUGAAGUCGGAUGUCUGGAGUCUGGGGAUCACAAUGAUCGAGUUGGCCAUCCUCCGCUUCCCCUAUGAGUCCUGGGGCACCCCGUUCCAGCAGCUCAAGCAGGUGGUGGAGGAGCCCUCACCCCAGCUGCCCCCCGAGCGCUUCUCCAAGGAGUUUGUGGACUUCACGGCGCAGUGUUUAAGGAAGAACCCCGCUGAGCGAAUGAACUAUUUAGAACUUAUGGAGCACCCCUUCUUCACCCUACACGACACCAAAGAGACUGACAUGGCCUCCUUCGUGACAGAGAUCCUCGGGGAUGACUCUUAACUGGAGCCCCACUGCUCCGUGCAGUGCCCUGAGGAGCAGAUGCGGACUUCAAUUCGUGGUGGUUUGCACAAAUUGUGUUCCUCAGCCCCCGGACAGCUCUGGGCACAGCCCCAUCGCAGCCUCUUUUCUCUUUGCCUGAAAUCUUCGAGGAAGAGCCUUGGAAGCCAACACCUUCACCCCUUCAGAUGCUGGGGGCACGAAGAGGGGAUGGUGCCCGACCUUGGCACGGUGUGUGGGGAACUUCUGCCUUUCUUCCCCUUUGCUGCCUGGGGCCGGCAAAGAGAAAACGCUGCUGUGCUUCUCCCCCCUCCUUAUGUGCCCCCAGCCCCUUCCCCAGCAUUUCGCUUCCUGGGCUGCACUUCAGGAGGCCGCAGGGCUCCACGGGUACACCGCUGUCCCCGCACAAAGCCAUCUUUAUGACAUCUGGGUGACCCUUCAACGCAGCCCCAGGCCUGGCACCCCCUUCACUGCGUGAUCCGCUGCUCCCCUGCAGAGGAAUGAAAGCAUAUUUUCCCCCCCACUUUGCCCCACCACGAGCAGCAGCCCCCCCUCUCCUGCUUCUUCCAUGGCCCUUCUCCUCCUCUGUGCUCACCCUGGGGCUGUAUGGUGCUGGAGGAGGUGGGGACGGUGGGCAUCCACCCCCACUCCGCCCUGCAGGAGGAUGCUGCCCCACCUCUCCAUCCUCUUCCCCCUUUGGGGCUCAUGUAAGACCUCACACUGUGACCCCAUCACUGCCUCCAUCCAUGGCCCUGGCUGCAGUCUCAGCCCCAACCCCCCCCCCCACAGCCCAGCACAGGGGGGCUGCUGCCGGUUGUACAUUUUGUGUCUAUAUAUAAUGGACUUUGUAACAUGUUUCUGGGUUUUACUGCACUCGCUAUAAAUUAAAGCCCUUCUGUGUGGGUGGGAGGAGGGAGGAGCGCUUCCUUCUCCCCUAAAGAACCCCCUGUGAGCCCCGCUGUGCUCCAUCCACGCUGUGGGACUGCAGAUUGAAUGCACCCCUAUGGAUAUAUUUUUUAUUUUUAAUAGACUGAGUUUUCGGAGGGAUUUUUUUUUUCCUUUUCUAAUAUAUUUGUGUGUGUGUGCUGUUAUAUAUAUAUUAUAUAUUUUUAAAUCAGUGAUGACGGUGUGAAUGUCUGUGUGGCCAGCAGUUUCCUGGCUAGAUUUGGGGUGGUGGCUGAGGUUGCUAGAAGGCAAACUGCCUGAAGGCUAUUUCUUUUUUAAGAAGAAAUGCAUCUAUUUUUUAAUUGAAUCUUUAAAAACAAACGAAAAAAACCCCAACCCAACACACUUUUCCUGUGCUUCCUCCCCUGAAGGUGUGGAUGGGAGGGUGCGUGUCUGUUAUUCAGGGUCCUCCCCUUGCUGAAGCACAGUGUGAAGCUGACCAGGCAGCCCUGCACCCUUUGGGAUGGAGCCAGGCUGGGCUGUGCCUGGGGACACGGUUCAGCUCCCAGAAGGGCUUAGGGCAGCACAUGGUGACUUUCUUCCAUGUCUCACCCUGUCCCCUCGGUGCAUGAGCCCAUAGGAAACAGCACAGAUGGGCACAGCACAGUGUGAGCAAUCCCUGCCCUGCUUCGGGCUGCCCCUCAGCCCCUAUCCCACCUCCUCGCGCACAAUAAUGUGGCUGAUGCUCUCCACGUCCCCCCUUCAAUCUUACUCCACAAAACACCCUGUGCUCCCUGAAAUCACACAUCACCAGCCUGGUAGGACAGCUGAGAUGCUCACUUGUAGGUUUUUCCAUAGUUGCUCACUUUGGAUUCCUUUUGAUUCGCUGUUAAGCUUUUGUUUUUCCCCUUUCUCCUUGCUUUUCUCCUCCCGGAGAAAGUCCUGACUUAGUUUUGGGGAAGGGGAGCACCUGCCCUUUCACAUGCUGGGUGAUACCAUGGUGGGGGGGGUUGGGACCCGUGGAUGGAGCUUGGCUGCUCGGUUGGGUCCUGUCUGCCCUGUGUGCUGGAUUGGGUCUUGCUGCUUGUGCCCUCCUGCCGUGCACGGGGAUGAUAGAUCUGGUGCCCACCAGCUCGGCCUUAGGGUGGGAGAGAAUAUUAGGAGAAAUUUCUUCUCUGAGCGAAUGGUGGUGUGUUGAAACUGCUGCCCAGGGAGUGCUGGGGUCACCAUCCCUGCGGGUGUUCCAGAACCGUGGAGAUGUGGCACUGGGGGACGUGGUUUGGUGUCAUGGUGGGGGUGGGUUGGGGUUGGUUUGCAGAUCUGAAAGGUCUUCUCCAACCUGAAUGACUCUGUGGUUCUGAUGCAGCCCAGAGCCCCUCCAGCCCUGUACUGAGCACACUCUGUACCCACGAACCCCUCCUUGUUUUCAAUAAAAUUCGCCCCGAAGCACCC